AUGGUGUUCAGCCUCACCCCCGGAUCCGGAAGCUUUGCAAGGCGGAGCCGGCCGGGUUGCCGACCAGGAGGCGGCGGCGAAGAAGGUCAAAUGGCGGCGCUGCUCGGCAGGCUCUCGCCUUGGGCUCUCGGCUCCGGAGGGCAACUUUUGCCUAUUUCCCCCCUAAGUGCAGUUGCAGUGAGGUUUGCAUCUAAGAAGAGUGGAGGCAGUUCCAAAAAUCUUGGGGGGAAAAGUCCUGGGAAAAGUUACGGAGUUAAAAAAUUGGACGGAAACUUUGUCCACGCUGGCAACACACUGGCGACACAGCGGGUGAUUCGCUGGCACCCGGGAGCUCACGUGGGAAUAGGCCGCAACAAGUCGCUCUACGCGCUUGAAGAUGGGAUUGUGCGGUACACGAAGGAAGUCUACGUGCCGCCUCCCCGCAGCAAGGAAAGCACAGAGGUGAUCUGCCAGUUACCCAAAGGAGCUGUGCUGUACAAAACUUUCAUCAACGUCAUUCCCACUAAAGAGGUGGGGAGCUUCAAGUUGGUCGAGAUGGUCUGAGACUUUUGAGGUCUCCUGGACGACAGCAAGGAACUGGCCAGCUUUAUCUGAGCCCGGACAUAAACAGGUCUGAAAACGCUGGUGUAGUUCUGAAUGGACUUCACCUGCUCGGUCACCUGCGGGUUGGCUGCUCAAUAUAUUCUAGGCACCUGGAAUGCAUUCUCAACAAAGAGGAUGUUGUUUAAAUUUCUUUUUCUAAAAUAAAAGGGCAGUUCUGUCCUCUCUUAUCAUCUUACCAGGAGAGCUAAUUCAAGCUGAUGUUUUCAUCCGAUUAGCUCGUAACGCAGGCAUCCCCAAACUUGGCCCUCCAGAUGUUUUGGGACUACAAUUCCCAUCAUCCCUGACCACUGGUCCUGUUAGUAGGGAUGAUGGGAGUUGUAGUCCCAAAACAUCUGGAGGGCAGAGUUUGGGGGUGCCUGCUCUAAUGUAAUGGGAGAAUUUUGAUGGGCUGGAUUAGAGUCAGGUUCUGAACACGAAAGUGUUACUCAGGCAAUUCUCAGAAGAUUUCACACAGCAGCCUGAACGUCUAUAAAUGCACAUGCAAUCAUUUCUCCUAAUAUUUCAACACAGGAGUGGUUUGAUGGGGGCCAUGGGCAACGAGCCCUCUGCUGCAACCUCCCCCAAUGCCCCUACCACCACCCUGGUGGCUGUUCUCCUCCACCCGCAUAGCAAAGUUAUUGGUAGGAUGGAUGCAGAUGGGCAACAGUGGACCAUGUGCAGACCCACCGGGCAAAGUAGCUGCAGCAUCUCCCCAAAAUACUCCUGGUCCCUGAUGCAGUAGCAUACAUUGGGGCCCAUAAGCACCAAGGGUUACGCUGUAGCCGCUCCGCUCAGCUUACACAAAGCAAUCAGACAUUGAAUGUUUUUGUAGGGUCUGUUGCUGAGUCAGAGUCGAUUUCUGUUUCCGGGGUUCAUUACUUUGAAAUGCUUCUGCAGUGGUGCUGGCUGGCUUUGACACAUAUCAAGCCCUGCAUCUGUAGCCUUGUCCUUCCAGCAUUGGCUACCAUAAAUAUAGCGGGAGCGGGUGGCGCUGGGGUCUAAACCACAGAGCCUAGGGCUUGCCGAUCAAGAGGUUGGCAGUUUGAAUCCCUGCAACGGGGUGAGCUCCUGUUGCUCUGUCCCAGCACCUGCCAACCUAGCAGUUCGAAAGCACGCCAGUGCAAGUAGAUAAAUGGGUACCACUCCGGCGGGAAGGUAAACAGCAUUUCCCUGCGCUCUGGCUUCCAUCACAGUGUCCCGUUGCGCCAGAAGCGGUUUAGUCAUGCUGGCCACAUGACCCGGAAAGCUGUAUGUGGACAAACUCUGGCUCCCUUGACCUGAAAGCGAGAUGAGCGCUGCACCCCAUAGUCUGCUUUGACUGGACAACCAUCUAGGGAUCCUUUACCUUUACUAUAAAUAUGCAGGACCAGUGGCCUUGCUGUGGUUUGUUUUUUUAAAAACUCUGGCCUACUGAGCUGGGAAGCAGCUGUUAGCACAGUCAAGAGGGCAGAACUGAUGCAAUGCUUUAGGGAGAACCCUGGGCUAUUGUGCUCCUAGCCAGGAGUGCCGCAAGCUGCCCUUUCAUGCUCUAGUCCAGUGUUUCCCAACCUUGUGCCUCCAGAUGUUUUGAGACUACAAUUCCCAUCAUCCCUAGCUAGCAAGACCAGUGGUCAGGAAUGAUGGGAAUUGUAGUCUGAAAACAGCUGGAGGCACAAGGUUGGGAAACACUGCUCUAGUCUGCCCUGUGUGUCUGGUUGUGUCCCUCAGUUUGCUUUUGCCUCCGGCACAUUUCUUUUUUGGGGGAUUUAAUCCAUUCUUUUUUAAAAAUCUGGGUUGUAGCAGCUCCCUCCAUUUUGAUUUUCAGGUGGGAGGGGAAAUGCCACCAUCUGAAACCAUGCAGCCGUCUACACAGGAAACACCAGCAUUUGGGG